GCUUGUAGCCCAAUAGUGGUGUAUUGUGGGAGACACAGAAAACCUAGACCAGAGGCACACAAUAUGCGUUGGCUCGCAAAAAGGAGGCAGGAUCCUUUAAAAGCAUGUAAUGCAAUCAGAGAAAUGUAAAAGAUCCCUCCGUUUUGGAAGAAAAAAAUAUCGGAAUAAGCUCCAUCAUGUCCAAGCCGGGGGAAAAAAGCAGGCUUCAUGAAGAUCACGGUAGAAAGCAGAGUUCAAGUUUGGCGAACGGAAUGGAAAACAGCCAUCCAGUUUGCAGUUCAGGGGAGAAACGGAGUCAUCACUGGAGAAGUUAUAAGCUGCUUAUUGACCCGGCUUUGAAGAAGGGACCGCAUAAACUAUAUCGCUACGAUGGACAGAAUUUCAGCAUGCCCAACCCGGGCAUGCCCCCAGUGGAUACCGUCCGGGACCCAAGAAUCGGUCGUCUCUGGACCAAAUACAAGGAGACUGAUCUCCCGGUUCCGAAGUUCAAGAUCGAUGAAUGCUAUGUCGGACCGGUCCCUCCGAAAGAGGUGACAUUUGCCGGGCUGAACGAUAACAUCAGAGAGGGAUUUUUAACAGACAUGUGCAAGAAAUUUGGAGAUAUCGAGGAGGUGGAAAUUUUGUAUAAUCCAAAGAACAAAAAGCAUUUAGGAAUCGCGAAAGUUUUGUUCGGUACCGUAAAGGCGGCCAAGGACACCGUUCAGAAUCUGCACAAGACGUCCGUCAUGGGGAACAUCAUUCACGUGGAGAUCGACCCGAAGGGUGAGAAGCGCAUGCGGUAUUUCCAGCUGCUCAUCAGUGGCUUCUACACCCCCUGGACACUGCCCCUGGGGAGCGAUGACACCUUGGGCACCUCACCCCAUGGCGUGACGGACCUCCAGAUGCCCCGCGACGCCACCCGGAGGCUCUCAGAGGGCAGCUGUUCCACCCUGGGGGGCACCAGCACCCCCAACAGCACUCUCACUCCUCUCUCACUGGACACUGCCUACUCCAGCCUGCGCCAAGACACCCCCAGCAGCUUUGGCCAUACCCCGCAGUCCCAGGGCACGCCUCUCACCCCACGCCUUUCCGGAACGCCCUUUUCCCAGGACUCCAACUACUCCAGUCGCCAGAGCACCCCAGUGCACCAGUUGGCGGGAGGCUACCGCGGUGGCCGGAGACACGAGGCCAAGUUUCAGGACGCCUACAACCGGCGACCCGAGCGCCGCUACGUACAUGGCACGGGGGGUGUGUACCGCACGGCUGAGCCCCCGCCCUUCCCUGGCCCCACAUUCAAGCACCACCUGCCUCCCCCCCCGGCCCCGCCUGAGCCUGCACCCUCAACUCCUCCUGUCAACACCAGCUACAAGUCGGCCUUCUCCCCCUAUCAGGCACCCCCACCCUCUAUGUAUGCCCCCCCUCACACGGAGCACUCCCGGGAUCCGGAGUAUCGGCGGCUGCUCCCACCUCUCAACAAGACCUUUACCCUGAGCAGUGCCCCCCCCACUCCCACCGACUUUGUCCCUGUGAGGGAGAAGCCAGAAACGCCCCCGCUCCCUGAACCCCCACCUGCUGCCGAUUCUCUGCCGGCAGCACCCCCUGGUAGGACCCCCGAGCAUUGCUCUUCCCCUGGCACCCCCACGCUGGAAUCCGAGCGGCACAGCCUGGACUCACGCAUCGAGAUGCUGCUUAAGGAGAAGAGGACCAAGCUGCCCUUCCUGAGCGAGAGGGACUCGGACACAGAGGUGCGCAUGGAGGGCAGCCCCAUCUCCUCGUCUUCGUCACAGCUCUCCCCCAUCCCUCCCUAUACGUCCGGCCCCCGGCCCCCUAGCACCGGCCUGGAGGACAUCAGCCCCACCCCCUUGCCGGACUCGGAUGAGGACGAGCCUGUACUUGGCAUGGCCGCUUUGCUGUGCAGCCCCUACUCCCGCUCGCCAGGCACUGCCAACCCCCAGGGGGCAGCAGACGGGGCACCGACCAACGAAUCUGUCUCCAGAGGUCAGACACCUACUGACAAGAUGGAUGUGGGCGCGCCCUCUUCUGGGGAAGACAUGGAGAUAUCGGACGACGAGAUGCCGGGGACCCCCAUUGCAGCUGGCGACUGUGCCGAAGGGCUGGUGCUCAGUCCCUCUGUGGGCGCCUUGCCCCCACAAGCCAUUUCCAUGCCCCCUCCGGGCUUCCCCCCACUCCCGCCUCCCCAGGCCGGAUUCCCACCUUUGCCCCCGCACCUCCCGCCCGGGCCCCCGCCGCCACCACCGCUGCCAGGCCCGCCCCCACAUCCCAUGCUGCACCCACUGCACCCCUACGCACCUGGCCUGGUGCCCGUCAUGCCUGUGGAGCUGGUGGGCUGCCUGCCACAGUGGGGGGGCAUGCACAUGUCCUUCCAGAUGCAGACGCAGAUGUUGAGCCGCAUGCUGCAGGGCCAACGCGCCUACCCCUACCCCCCCUACGUGGGUGGGCCGGGGGGCGGGGCCGUGCCCUUCAAUGAACCGUACCGGCCUUUCUCAGUGGCGGGAGGCAUUCCCCCGGCCGGACAGCCCUGGCCCCUGCACGCCUUCCCCCGCUUCAACCCAGCUGUGCCCCCCCCUGGCUACCAGCCGCAGAAGGAGGACCCGCACAAGGCCACCGUGGAUGGGGUCCUGUUGGUCAUUGUCAAGGAGCUGAAGGCCAUCAUGAAGAGGGACCUGAACCGCAAGAUGGUGGAGGUGGUUGCCUUUCGAGCCUUCGAUGAGUGGUGGGACCGGAAGGAGCGUUCAGCCAAGGCCUCACUCACGCCUGUCAAGAGCGGCGAGCCUAAAGAAGAGGAGAAGGAGAAGCCGCGGCCCCGGGAAACUGUUGCCUCCAGCCUGCUGGAGGGCUGGAACAAGGGCGAGGGCCUGGGCUACGAAGGCAUGGGGCUCGGCAUCGGCCUGCGCGGCGCCAUCCGCCUGCCCUCCUUCAAGGUGAAGCGGAAAGAGCCCCCAGACCCUGCCUCCACGGCGGACACCAAACGGGCGCGACCCUCCACCCCCGCGGAUGAGGAGCUGGAAGACGAAGAGUUAGAGAGGGACCAAGAAUUGGGAGACCCCCCCUUGGACGGCCCCAAGCGAGAUGGAGAUGUGGCCACGAUAAGGCGAAGACAUGCCAGGCCACUCGAGCUGGACAGUGAGGGGGAGGAGGAAGAGGAAACUUCUGGCAAAGAGGAAGAGGAGGAGUCUUCGCCAUCAGACAAGGAGGACGAGGGCCCAGAGGUGUCAGAUAAGCUUUCCUCCCCUAAGGAGGAGGGGGAUGAGGAAGAAGAUGACAAUGAGCGUGACGAAGAGGACGAUGAUGAGGCUGACGAUGACGAAGAUGAUGGUGACAGAGUCAGCUCUGCCUCCAGUGAGAGGGAGUCCUCCUCCGAUGAGGAAGCUGCUGUUGCUUCCUCCUCAAAGACCGACUCUGAUUCUUCGGAGGAAAGCGCAGACUCCUCUGAGUAUGACUCCAGCUCCGAGGACGAAGAAGAGGAAGUAGAUGCAGAAGAUGAGGAGGAGGAAGAAGAAGAUGAACAGCUCCAGGUGUUCUCUGAGGAGGAGGAAGAUGAGGAGGAGGAAGAAAUGGCAGUGGUACCCCCAGCUACUCCGACAGCGCCAGCUGCCCCAGAUGAAGAGCUAGAGAUGGCACUGCUGGCAGUGUCUGAGCUGGGCCGGCAGGAGGAGGAGGAGGAGCAGAUGGAGACUGAGGAAGAGCAGCAACAUCGCGUCUUUCUGGAGGGAGAGGAAGCAGCCAGUAUCUUGAGGGCCCGCCUGGACGACCCCAUCGCUCAGCUGCUCCCCCUGGAGGCAGGGCUGGAGCUGCGCCCCCCCUCCCCCAAGGGACUUCCAGCAGAGGAGCCGGAGCUGGAAGUUGAGGCUGAGAUCCCGGAGGUGAAGAUGGAGACCAUGGAAGACUUUGGCAGCUUGCAACCCCCCACGCCAACGGGCUCACUAGCGGACGGUGACCUGGACCCGCGCAGCACCAAGGCCAAGCUCUCCUCGCCCCCCCUGGAGGAGGAGGAGCUACCCCGCACGCUGGGCCGUGAGGCGCUCGCUGCCCUCUUGGAGGUCGAGCUGCCCACCAACAAAGUCCUCGCUUUGCCCUGUGUGCCCCUGCCCCCCCCCUCCCCCCCUGCCCUCCCUGAAGCACCGCCCUGCCCGGCCGCCCCAGAGCAGCUGGCCGAGCUUCUGUCUACAGGGAAGCUCUUACUGGAUGAGGACAUCCCGCGCACGCCUGGGAGGGAUGUGGCGGGCAGGAGAGCCACAUCGAUGGCCAAGUCGCAGAGCACGGAGACGGUGCCAGUGACGCCGGGCGGGGAGGCGCCGCUCUCGGGGAGCAGCCUGAGCCUGCUCUCCCCCCACGUGCUCGGCAGCCCUUUCUCCUACCCCUCCCAGUCUCCGAGCCUCAGCUCUGGGCUCCCGCUUACCCCAGGGAGGGACUUCAUCUUCACCCCCACCUUCGCUCCCACCCUGCUCGAUCCAGCAGCUGCCACUUAUGCGCUUCCCAGUCUUCCCGCCCCUGACAUCCUGGAGGAGCCGCCGUCAGCGAGCCCCCCCCCUGCUGCUCCAUCAGGCCCCCUUCUGGCCCCUGUCCCUGUCGGACCAAAGGAGACAGAGCCCCCCCCGGCAGGCCUCCGGUCCCCACUGGCCGAGGCCUUCCCGGAUGGGGACGCCGUCCCCAGCGACCAGCCUGCCAUUGAGCCAGACGUCACCCCACCCAAGCGGAAACCUGGGCGCCCACGGACGAAGAAGCCAGCAGCGGUGGUGGCGGCCCUGCCUGCAGAGGAGCUUCCUGGAGCAGAGGCACCGCCGUCUUUACCCAGCGACCCUCCGGUGAAUGAGGUGCCCGCCGGCGUCACGGACCCGGUGGCAGAGGUGGCGGUGGCAGAGGUGGCGGCGGCAGCCGGCUGCCCCGCAGAACCUGCCGCAGUGACACUGGAUUUCCGGGAAGCCUGGCCAGAGUCCCAGGGGCCAGAACCAGGCAUGGAGCCAGCAGAACCCAUGCAGCCAGAGGGGGUCGAGCCAGCAAAGAAACCCCAGCGGAGGGUGCGUCGCAGGCAGGAGGAGCUGCUGCUGCUGGCCACGCCCUCUGCCCCUCCGACCCCCCCCCCACCCUGCUUCCACCCACGCACCGAAUUCGAGGAAAUGACCAUCCUGUAUGACAUUUGGAAUGAGGGGAUUGACGAUGAGGACAUCCGCUACCUCCAGGUCACCUAUGAGAAGAUGCUGCAGCAGGACAUUGGCAACGACUGGCUGAAUGACACCCUAUGGGUUCCCCAUCCCCCUACCAGUAUCCCUCUGGUGAAAAGGAAGAAGUGGGAGGAUGGCAUGCGUGAUCACAUGACUGGCUGUGCGCGUAGCGAGGGCUACUACAAGAUCGACAAGAAGGACAAAGUGAAGUACCUGAACAGCUCGCGGCCCGUGCCAGAUGAGCCGCCCAUGGAUACGCAGGGCAUGAGCAUCCCAGCCCAGCCACACCUCUCCACUCGGGCGGGUUCCGAGCGCCGGUCUGAGCAGCGACGUCUCCUGUCCUCCUUCAGUUGUGACAGCGACCUGCUGAAGUUCAACCAGCUCAAGUUCCGCAAGAAGAAAAUCCGCUUCUGCAAGAGUCACAUCCACGACUGGGGGCUCUUUGCGCUGGAGCCCAUAGCUGCAGAUGAGAUGGUGAUUGAGUAUGUGGGCCAGAACAUCAGACAGGUGAUUGCCGACAUGCGGGAGAAGAGAUACGAAGACGAGGGCAUUGGGAGCAGCUACAUGUUCCGGGUUGACCAUGACACCAUCAUCGAUGCCACCAAGUGCGGCAAUUUCGCUCGCUUCAUCAACCACAGCUGCAAUCCUAAUUGCUAUGCAAAAGUCAUUACAGUGGAGUCACAGAAGAAAAUUGUGAUCUACUCAAGGCAGCCCAUCAACGUCAAUGAGGAGAUCACCUAUGACUACAAGUUCCCCAUUGAAGACGAGAAAAUCCCCUGCCUCUGUGGGGCCGAAAACUGCCGGGGCACCCUUAACUAGUGUCUCCCAGGGUGUGGGUCCCUGAGAGUCACCCCGAAGUAUAGCCCAGCAUUAUAGGGGGUCCUCCCCUUCUUCUAACAUCCUAGGGGCAGAGUAGCCCAGAGUCGGUGUAGAAGAUGCCCUAAUCCAGAGCUCAGCACCGUGAGAAUCAGUAUUUGGUGAGGAGGGCCCCUUAAACCCUGGCCUGGCACAGUAACGGUCGUUCACCCUCCAGUGAGCUGUGGUGUGGUGUUGCAGGCAUCCUUGGCUGAACUUGGCAUGGGAGGGCGGGAGCUGGUGUGAGCAGGCAGCUUCCUGGUACGUCGUACGAGGGAUAGAGGGAGCUGGCGUGAGCAGGCCACUUCCCAGCUCAUCGUGCGAGGGACGGAGGGAGCUGGUGUGAGCGGGCAGCUUCCCGCCACAUCGCACGAGGACCGGAGGGAGCUGGCAUGAGCGGGCAGCUUCCUGGCACUUAGUACGCGGGUCAGAGGGAGCUGGCGAAAGCGGCUGCCUUCCCGGCAUGUCGCACGAGGAUUGGAGGGAGCUGGCGUGAGCGGCCGCCUUCCCGGCAUGUUGCACGAGGAUCUGAGGGAGCUGGCGUUAGCGGGCGGCUUCCCGGCACUUAGUACGCGGGUCAGAGGGAGCUGCCGUGAGCGGCCGCCUUCCCGGCAUGUUGCACGAGGAUCUGAGGGAGCUGACGUGAGCGGGCGGCUUUCCGGCACAUUGCACGAGGGACUUCUCGACAUGUUGUACAAGGGCCUGUGGCUGUUUCUAGGCAUCUCCUUGAGGCAGAUAGGGUGCGUGGACUGUGUACUAUUUGCACCUCCUUUUGAGUUUCUUUCCGUUUCUUAACAACAUGAGGUGCUUCCAAGUCGAUUGUCGGUGGAUAUCCUGUCCAUCAGCUCCCCCUUCUCGCCCUUGUCUUCCGCCUUCCGACCCCCCAGGUCAUGACAAGUGUCUCUUCCUUCUGCUGGCAGUGCUGCUGUUCAUUGAUGUACUGGUGUAGCAUGGCGUGUGGCACAGCCCCACCUGUCAUAAUGUGAAGAAGCUGCGCGGCCCUGGAGCGCCAGGGCUGCAUGGUCUCCGGUCUGCGGGUCACGGCAUGCAACCUGUGGCCCUGUGGCUUUGCUGCUGAUGGAGUGGCCGCGGGAGUGAAUGCAUUCCCGCACGUUCUCCAUACACUACACACCGUCAUAAUAAGUUAUUUUACGUUUACUGAGUUCUCAUGAAAAAAACCCACCCAUCUGCUAAAAGAGUUUACACGUCGAGUUCCGUCCUCAUAACACUGUACCAGACUGAGUGUUUUCCCUCCGAGGAAAUCCUGGCAUUCUGUAGGAACUGCUGCCAUCUGCUGGUUGCACAGGAGAAGUAACGUGAAACCAGCAACCAAUUUUUUUCCCCCCACCGUUCUCUGUUGGGAGCUGCGUCAGGUUCAUGCUAAGGAGCCUGCUCGCGGUCCACAAGGUCCCCGUUCUCCAUCACAGCUGCUUUGUGAUUGGCUGGUGCCCCCCCCCACCCAACCAGAACAUGACCUUGAUGCCAAAGCUUUUCCCUUCACCACACAGAGGAUGACUUUACUUUGAAGCAUGUUUAGUGCCCCUCUCACAGGAAUAGCACCAGUUAAUACUGGUUUGGUGGAGCUGUUGUGGUCAUGGACAUCUUGGUGCUACUACUGGGUUGAGCCGGGCUGUAAGGGGGGGGGGGCUUCACAGUGUUUACAUCUCCCAGACAAUGCCCCCCAUACCCUAACACUGACUGUUUGACACCAUGCCUCGCCAAUUCUGACACCCCCACCCCACCCCAUCAGUGACCUGGAGAAGGCCCAGGAAGAGUCUACUGCCUGUGGUUAUAAGGUGCUUCUCAGCAACAUACCACCAGCAUGAGGGCCCAGCUCCCACGCCUCCUCCGCAUCCACCACCGCAGGCGGCAGCUCGCACAUACACUACAUUUUGUAUUGUUUUUGUUCAUGUCUUAUUGUUCAAUUUUCUUUGUUUCAAAUGCACUAGGGGCUGUGGCCCCUGCUGGCCAAGAGCCCGGGGCCCCUGUCCUGCCUCCAGCUCCCGGAGUUUGAACAGGGUGUGUAGGUCGUUGCGUUUUUAAAGCUGUGCUCUUGUUUAUACUGUACAGGUCCGCUUGUGCAUGAUGGGCGGGGAUGAGGAAUGAGUUUUUUUUUUUUUUUUUACAUUUGUUUUUAAAACAAAGUACAUAUUUAAAAUAUUUUUUAAAAAUUGUGAUCUUUUCAGGGAGUAUUAAAUCAUGUAAAAUAAAAGUAAAGGACUUAUUUGAAACAUAGGCGUGCCUCAUACAUGUACAUGAAUCCAUAACUUCUCCUGCAAAGUGUGUUUCUUGUGGAAACGUCUUCUCCCCCUCCUUUCUUAGCUCAUUUUAUUUUCUUGAUGUAAAAAAAAAAAGUGUAAAUGGUUUGUAAGUGUGCGCAAGGCAGGCUCGGGGUUUGCUACAGAGAAGUGGCCUGCGGUCCGGCAGCAGAAAUGGCCAGCGAGCUGCAGACGCACACCCAGCUUGUGUCAAGCUGCUCCUUUUUUUGUAAAUUCUGUGUACAGCUGCUCAUGGUGUAGAAGAGGUGACACAGCGAAUCGGGAGGCUUGUCGAAUUCCUCAAAUGGUCUAUUUAUUACAAUGAGCAAAGAACGUUUUAAAAGAAAACAAGGAAAUGUUCAGAUGUGUUCAUGCAAAGCUAAACUGUAUUUAUUGUUUAUAUAUACACUUACACACAUGCGCACGUUUACACAGACACGGAAACGCACAAAUGAUUCCUUCCAAAAGGAUCAAAUACCAGCUGAAGUGUUUUAAAUGAGUCUUGUUGCAAUCUGUCUUCAUCUGCAGCGUGUCAGCACCCUUAAAAGAAAAUCACAUUUCUAAAUGCCAUUUAGAAACGCCAAGUUGUCUGAAAUGAAGGGUGUCGAUGUUGGAAAGGUUUGCAAUAAAAAAAUGUUACGGACAAGUUAUUUUGUUAUUAAUAUGAUUUAGUUUAUAAAUGUACCUUUUUGUUUUGUGUUUUUUAGUUCUCGGUAUCUCUGACUCGUCUUGCUCUGCAUAUUGUUAAUUUGUGUGAAUCCAUGAUUAUGUAUCAUUGUAUAUAGUAACUUUUAUAAAGCAAUCCAUAAACAUACUGACAUUUUUUUAA